AUUUUUAGUCCUUUGUAAUAUUAUAAUUAAUCAAACAUUAUAAAAUAAAAGACAUUUUUUGAGAUUUGCACAAACACUAAAGUAUAUCAAUCUAUAUAAAUUAAAAAUGAUUUAUUUUAUAAGUGAAAAAGAUAUGUGAGUCGUAUAAUUUCCCCAUUUUUGAUUAUUAUAGAAGUAUUAAAAAUGGAAAUGAAGUUUUUCUUCAACACACCUCUUACUAACUUUUUCACGCCGUGUGAAAUAAAAAAAAACUGAACAAAAAGUUUAACGCCGUCUUCUUCCUCGGUCGCUCGCCGUCUUCUCGAUUCUACACGCAAGCCUCUUCCUUUUGCCAGAGAUCGAUAAACCCUAAUUAGUCAGUGGCACGAUUCGCACACUCUCUCUCCUUAACCGGCUCUGAAUUGGAGAGAACCGGUUCUUCAAUCUGGAAAAAGAAUGCAAUUUUCUUGUGAUCCUGAUCAAGAGGGAGACGAGGUGCCACAGUAUGAACACAUCUAUCAAAAUGACUUCUCUUAUCGAAAGCACAAGAAACAGAAGGAAGAAGAUAUCUCUAUCUGUGAAUGCAAGUUUGAUUUUGGAGACCCUGACAGUGCUUGUGGUGAGAGAUGCCUCAAUGUGAUUACCAAUACCGAGUGUACACCUGGUUACUGCCCUUGUGGUGUCUAUUGCAAGAAUCAGAAGUUUCAGAAAUGUGAAUACGCAAAGACGAAGUUGAUUAAGUCUGAAGGUCGUGGUUAUGGACUAGUGGCUGUUGAAGACAUAAAGGAAGGACAGUUCAUUAUUGAGUACUGUGGAGAAGUGAUCUCAUGGAAAGAAGCAAAGCGUAGAGCUCAAACUUACGAAACUCAUGGUGUAAAGGAUGCUUACAUAAUAUCUCUCAAUGCGUCUGAGGCUAUUGACGCUACUAAGAAAGGAAGCCUUGCUAGGUUUAUAAAUCAUUCAUGUAAACCAAACUGUGAGACGAGGAAGUGGAAUGUUUUGGGAGAAGUCAGAGUUGGGAUCUUUGCCAAAGAGAGCAUAUCUCCAAGGACUGAGUUGGCUUAUGACUAUAACUUUGAGUGGUACGGUGGAACCAAAGUCCGUUGUCUCUGCGGUGCAGUGUCUUGCUCUGGCUUUCUUGGAGCCAAGUCUCGUGGCUUUCAGGAGGAUACAUAUGUAUGGGAGGACGGUGAUGAUCGGUACUCAGUUGAUAAGAUUCCAGUCUAUGAUUCUGCAGAAGACGAGCUUACAUCUGAGCCUACUUCUAAGAAUGUUGAGUCCAACACAAAUGAAGAGAAAGAUAUUGUGAAAGAGGAGUCUACUGGUAUGAUUGUUGAGCAAUCAGAUUCAGCUCCUAUGGAGGUAGAUGCUGUCACAGAAACUGUUAAAACCGAAGCAGCUGAAGAAGAUUCAUCACAGAAGACAGCAGUUAUAUCUAAGUCUCUUCCGAGGAAAAGAGGAAGGCCGAUUACAAAGAAUGUGGUGAAGAAGCACGUUGACAUAGCAAACGUGGUUCAGCUACUAGCAACCAAAGAAGCUCAAGAUGAAGUUCUCAAAUGCGAGGAGGUGAAGAAGGAAGCAGGGGUACGUCUCACGUCCUUGUACGAUGAGAUAAGACCAGCGAUUGAAGAGCACGAGAGAGAUAGCCAAGACAGUGUAGCGACAAGCGUGGCGGAGAAGUGGAUACAAGCAAGCUGUUAUAAGCUCAAGGCGGAGUUUGAUCUUUACUCUUGUGCAGGGCCGUCCCUGUCAUAAGGCCAGUGAGACAAGAGUUUUAGGCCACAAAUUUUCUAACAAUUUUAGAGGCCACAUUUUUUGAAAAAUAAUUUUUUUUUUUUGGUAGGAUUUUGAAAAAUAAUUAUGGUCAAGUGGUUAAAAACAUUAUUUUCACUUUUUGUUUGAGUUGAAAUUUGAACAUCUA